GGAAGGCGACCAAGCGCGCGCGGGUCUCGCGCAAAAAUCAUUAAAACGCGUGCUCGAUUCGCGGCUGCGGCGUCGUUGUCGACUCGUAGUCGACGAUUUAUUAGCGGCUACACGAACGGGUACCCGCCCGCUUGCUUGUCAGCCGACUGCUUCCUCGCUCGUUUACCUUUACCAGCUUCUAACUUUCUUCAACAUCCGUCCGUAAUUCUCUGUCUUUGGUGCACGAAACGCACGAUUUCUCGGAGAAAACGGUAGCUGCCAACUAGUGUCCGUGCGCCGCCCUAACCAUCGUGCCACUCUAUUUUCCAUGUCUAGCGACGACGCGUGGAACGAGCCAGAAACGAACGACACGCGGCUCGGCAUGGAGUGGACUCGUGACAAGACUCUCGAACUACUGCGCGAGUAUCAACAGAGACGUGUUCUCUGGGAUUGGAAUGCUCGUGGUUAUCGCGACCGAGCGAAGCGAAAACGCGCGAUUCAGGAGCUCGCCGAGAUUCUUUGCUGCAACACGCUUGAAAUCGAGAAAAAGAUUACAAAUUUGAAGUGUCAGUACUCGAGAGAAGUUCACAAGAUACAGAACAGUCGCGACGCUGCCACUGGACCCGACGAUGUUUACGUAUCUAAGUGGUUCGCCUUUAAGGCGAUGCAGUUCCUGCAAUUUGGCACACGUAGAUAUAGUAAGAGGAAGAAGAAGGCCGAGGAGGAGACGUCGAAGUUACAAGAAGAGUACAUAGUCAGCGACAUCGAUCCUGAAAGCAUCACAUUUAUAGACUGUAACGAGGAGACAAAUGGAUCGGGAACUGGUUCCUUCAACGCAUCACUCAGCGAAGACGCCGAAGAGUCGUCGUCGUCGAGCCUGAAGGCGAUGGAACUGUACAACGGUUCGUUGCUGAGUCACAAUAGUCCGAUUUGCGAUCUCGAUGAGUCUGGUCAGACGAAACUGGAGACCACGUCGGACGAACGGAAGAGAACGAAAGAGGAAUUCGCGAAAUUCGCGGAGAGCAUUGCUGUACAACUGGCGGAGAUUCCAGACUCAUACUCCAGAUCGGUAGCGAAGUUAAGGAUCAAUCAGAUUCUGUUCGAAGCAGAGAUAGGCGUCUACGCGCAAACACGUCGCUAACAAGUGCAACUUUAUUUUCAUUUUCGUUAAGGGUAAAAAAAAAAGGCGAUCAUACGUCUCGA